AUGGAAGUCUUAGGCUUCGAACCUCCAUCAACAAAUCCCACACAAUCGACACCAUCAUUAACUCUUACUAGAUCAAACAAAGAUAUGUUCCACACACUCUUAGGAAAGAUGAAAGCUACACGUGGUGGCUUAUUAUUUAGAAACAUUGUUACAGGGGGCACGGCGGAUGAGUUGAAACAAGUAGUAAAUGGCGCAACAGGACUAACCAUGGUAAUGCUGGGGAAAUCAUGUACCUCAGCAUUAGCAUUCUUAAAGCGCUCAGCCCAUCGAGAUGAUAUUGUUUACGAAUGCACAGUUACAGGCGUGCGGAAGAGCGGUGGACUCUCAAACGAUGUGGCGCUCAUAGGAGAAUCGAAGAAAGUGGUCGAGGAGAAACUAGAACUAUGGAGAAAAACUCUCAAAUCCAAGGGACUCAAACUUAGUAGGACGAAAACGGAGUACUUGCGAUGCGAAUUGAACGAGCCCGAGGAAAACACGGGAGAGUUGCUGCUUGAUGGACAACCAAUACAAAGGACAGAUUCCUUUCGCUACUUGGGAUCGAUAAUACAAAGUAACGGAGAACUCGAUGGAGACAUCAUACACCGGAUCCAGACGGGCUGGGGGAAAUGGCGCAUGGCAUCUGGCGUCCUUUGUGACCGUAAAGUUCCACUAAAGCUGAAAGGUAAGUUCUACAGGGUAGCAAUUAGACCUGCGAUGUUAUAUGGAGCGGAAUGCUGGGCAACAAAUAGUCGGGACGUUUUGAAGUUACAUAGAGCAAAAAUGAGAAUGUUGAGAUGGGCAUGCGGGCAUACGAGGCAUGAGAAGAUUAGGAAUGAAUAUGUGCGCAAGAAACUUGUCGUAGCCCCUAUUGAGGAGAUGCUCACUUAA